CUCUACUUGCCUGCUGGACAGAGACUGGACAACUGUUGAGUGAGGAGAGAGUAAAAAAAGGGAUGUGACAAACUUUUUUUUUAAAUGCUUAUUUGGACUUCGGUUUAUUUUGUUUUCUUAUCAGGACACGGGUCAUGUCUGAAAGUAUUGUGAGGAAGGUGCAGCCCUUCACUAUUGGGACGAGACUGUCAGUCCCCGCUGUGCCAAAAUGCCAGGAUUUUACACAGAGUUAUCUGCAGAGCCCGAGUCUGGAUAACUGUACGUUACAGCACAACCUGAACUCGCUCUACCUCAGUCGAUCCCAGGUCUGUGCACAUGGCCCCUGUCUCGUCUCACCUAUCGUCAAGCAGGUAGCCCCUGUGAAGCACAGCCAAGAGCACAUGGCAGCAGAGGACCACCUGAACCAGAACGUUGCCUCCCCCUCUGCUGUCUCCAGAUCCAUCAAGAAGAUCACAAUCUCUGGGAGAGAAAGAUCAGAGGACAAGCUGUCAGUGGGACCAGCACAGCUUUCCAUCACAGGGUCCACAUCUGAAAACAACAAUAACAACAACAACGUCACAAGCACAUCAGAUCCUCAUCUGCCCAGGAUUGUGGGAGUGAGCUGUGAGAAUAAGCCCAAUUCUCAAUUUAAGGUUUUACUCAGAAAAGACGGCAGUGAUGAAUUUCAGCCCACACACGGACAAGCCGGGGUGAAGCUGAGCGGAGACAAACCUGUCCAACAGAUUUCAGUGCCUGAAUUGCAGAAGAAAGAGCCUCAGAGGAAAGAAAGUCACCCACACACACAGAAUGAAGCAUCGGCAGCUGUUAUAUCCCAGUCUGACAGCUUCACUCAGCGCAACUCGAUCUUCAGCAAGGAAGUACUGCAGGCAGAGGCGUGGAUCAAAGGCAAACUGCAGGAUCUGAAGGAUGGCUGUAAUAUUCAGCGCUGCCCCCUGCAGGACUGGGAGGAGGCCUCGCAGACGCUCCAGAGAGACCUGAAAGACUUUGAGAACACACUAAUACAACUCAACCAGAUGGGUGAGCAGUUGGUUUGCAAGCUGAACCCUACGUCUGAUCUGGUGAAGAAGCAGCUCAGCCAGCUCAGGGAGCAGUGGCAGACCCUUAAACAGACGGCUGCAAAUCAGACGAGGGCCCUUGGCGGAGCCAAGAACCUGCAGGAGUUCAACAAAAAAGUGGACAAGUUGGAGGCAUGGAUUAAAGAGAAGCAGGAAGAGGAGCAGUCUCUGGUGAAUGUCUUGGGGGAAAAUGUUGACAAAAUGCAGCUGACCAGGAGAAUCUUAGAUCUGAAACAGGAUGAGCAGCUAUACAGAAACCUCCAUGAGGAGAUCAACCACUUGGCCCUAAAGCUGGAGAAACAAGGGAAGACAGAUGGCAAAAACAUCUCCAGCAGGAGGAAACACAUCAAUAAAAUGUGGCUGAAGGUCCAGUCUCAUCUGAAAAACUACCAUGAAAAUCUUCAGCUGGCCCUGGAGGUGUCCUCGUUCUACCAGCAGGCUGAUAAUACAUUGUUUGCUAUUAACAACAUGAGGAAAAGCAUAUCUGCAUCCAAAGAGCUGGACAGCUUUGGAGAUAGAGAAAUCCGUGACAUUGCCAGUCAAAUCAUGAUGCUAGAUGUGAGUGUGUCCCAGCUGUCUAAUCUCCAUCCUGCCCUGGCUGCUGGCGUCACACAGAAGCAGAGUGAGGUGAAGGACUGCUGGGCACUUCUUCAGAAGGUUUUCAGGAGUGACAGGACCACACUCUCUCCCACUGGCUCCACUUUCACCAGGGAAGAUGCCGACCCCCUGACUUUGACCCGAGAACCCCAGUGCAACGUGGGAAUGGAGACACAAAGGAUCAUGGGAAAGGAGGUGAAGGAGGAGCAGAAUCGUCUGAAAGGCUGUGUGAGUGCUGUUGAAUGUGGGAGUGGUAGGAGAACACCGAGCGGCCAGAGCCAGGAACAGCAAUCAGCGAACCACACCUCUUCGCCCGUGGGAGACAGCCCUGCCUGUGCGCAUGAUGUCAUCGUCAGACAUCAAUUGAAGGGGGAAAGCAGGAAGCCCAGAGCAGAGCCCAAACUUGCCACUGCCCCACAAGGCCACCCACAGCUUCACACACAGCUUCAGAAGUUCACCGUGUCUGCCGACAAGACUCUGUCCUGGCUGAAAGACAACGUGUCCAUGGCCACACAGGUGUGUUCAGUAGCCAGCUUCGAUGGGCUGGAGGCAGCCAGGAGGUGUCAACACACUCUGGAACAAGAAAUCCUCACCAACAGAGCCAGGAUAGAGGUGGUUAAAAGGGAGGGCCGCGGGCUGGUCCGUGCACAGCACCCAGGCAGCGCCAGGAUCGAGGAGUUCCUGGGCCAGCUGGAAGUCCUGUGGGAAGAGCUGCGGAGGAGGCACCAGAGGAAUGCUGUGUUUCUGCAGGCCUCAGAGGAGCUUGGUUUUAGGGUUGUAAAAGUGCUCCAGGCCCUGGGCAGCCUGGAGGCCUGGCUGGAGUCUGUGGAGCUCUCCAUGAAGGAAUCUGCGCUAGCCGGUGACCCUGAAACGAUGAGCAUGGCCGAGAGGGAGAGCUGUCUGCUGGAGAAAGAGGUGGCAGCACGCAGCCUGGAGCUCAGGGCCCUGAGGCAAGAGGUGGACCGCCUCCAGGGCCACAGUCACCCACACACACAGUGCCUGCCAGCACGCAUGGAGGAGGUGGAAAGAAAGUACCAUCGUGUCCAGAGUGCCCUGACCCAGCAGAGCUCAGAGCUGCAGGACACAAGAAUGCUGACUGAGUUCCUGGAGCGCGUGGAGCUGGAGGAGAGCCAGGACGGUUGCCAGUAUAGCCUGGGCCAGCCUCUCCACAGUGAGAUUUCCUCCACUCCUCCCUUGCUGGGACUCCAAAGCAGUGGCGGCGGUGAGCCCCUGAUAGAAAGCAUGGGGGACCCUGUUGAGGAACUACGGGAGGCUGUAGAGAUGCUGAAUGACACUGUUAGGGAAAGAGGCCGGUCGCAGAGCCACGACCAGGCCAUCCAGGAGCUGCUGAGCAAGCAUGCCAGCCUGGCAGUGCGCGUGGAGGAGUGCUUAUGCUGCACCAAGGAGCUCAGCCUGGACAUCCUAGAGAGGGAGACAGACAUGGCCGUCCAGUGCGAGCCAGACCGCUGCGGCCUAGAGGCUCUGCAGGAGAAGCAGGACCACCUGGAGAUUGACUAUGAAGUCAUCAGGGAGGAGGUAAAGGAGAUGGAGAACCUGGCGUCACGGUUGGAGGAGCUGUGCCCAGAGAGAGUGCACGUACUCAGGGAAAAGAUCCAGGCCACGCUGCAGGCCUGGACCGAGCUGGGAAGGAGUGUGACGGAGAACAAAUCACGUCUGCGAGAGUUUGUGCAGCUCCAGGACUUCUUCAGGAGCUACCUCGCCAUGAUCUCAUGGACAGAAGACACCAGGUCAUGCAUUUUCUCAGAUACCGCCUUGCAUCUUGGGAAAGACGGACAGAAGCCACUGGCUACAGAGCUGGACAAGCAGAUUGAGCAAAAGUUUGAGGAGUUUGAUGAGCUGGCCGCCGCAGGGAGGAAUCUAUUAGACAAAGAGCACCACCUCACACAGAUGGUAAAAGAGCGCAUGGAGGAACUGAGGAGUAUGCUUGGAUGGAUCUUGGUGCACUGGAGGGCUCAGAAACAACAAUGGCUUCACAAAAAGAGCAGACAGGAGCCUUCACAAGAUAAUAUUUAUUCUGAGGCCACAAUGUGCUCCCCAUCAACAGAGAGCCUAGCUCCUGAGCUGGACGCCUACCAGUCCCAUCAGUCCCCACUUGUCCCCUCCGAUGAAGACAAAUUAAAGGCAGCAGGAGACAGCCAGCCCUCAUCCCUCCUGCCCAGACAAGCUGAGCAACAGGAGGAGAAGCAGACAGAGGAUGGGUACGAGGUCAUGAACAGUAUCGGACCACGGGGUGGUGAGGCUUCCUCCUCAGAGUCUCCCAAACCCUCUAUUGUGGUCCUCAAAGAGCCCAGCAGCCCCUCUCUAGGAGGCACGGUCAACCUCAUCCUUAGCUUUGGUAACACGGGGGACAGCCAGGUUCAGGUGCUUGACCCACCUGCUAGGACAGAUGAGGUAGUGGAGGAGACCUCUGAGCCUGUCCACAGGGUAAGUACCUACUUGCAUGUCAAGGAUAGCAACAUGGCUUCGGCCCCUGUGUAUGAGAGCAUCACCCUGCCCCGCCAAAAGAGCCGCUCUGCAGCCUUAGCCUCCCCUACUUUCUCGCCACCCGCGUCCUCCUCGCCCUCUUCUUCCUCUGUGCCUGCACCUCAGACGACCAAUGUGACCUUCCACUCUUUGACGGGGAGCGGCAGCAGCUCCAUCUUCAGCAGCCUCAAGAGAAUGGGCAAGAAGAGGAAGAGAAAGAGAGACGCUCGCAGACACACGAUCCAGAAAAUCAUGGGAGUGGAAGAGCAAACAGAAGAGAUGCCUCAUUAUGCCUGUGAGACAAUCACAUAUGACACGCAUACAUGGCCACUGAAGGAAGGCAGGAGGAAGAAGAGUUCAUCAAAGAGCCCAGCCAGUGGGGAUGGAGUAGAAGCUAUAGCCUACAUGAAGAAUCCCUUGUUGAAAGACAUUGAUACAGAGGGUUCAGGAGAAUACAGCAUUAUUCCAUAUGCUGUAUCUGAGGGGCCGAACACUUUAUCUUCCACAAGUCAGGUGAGAAGCCACUGCAGAUUCCUCUCUUUGGGCUCUGUGCUGAGCUUCGACCUACCUAAGGACAUGACCCUCAUCCCCAGCAUUCAGGACAUCAUUACCAUCGCCCCCCCUGAGUCCAAAAAAGGAGCAAGGACUGAUCCGGACCCCCACUCUCAGAGACACUCAGCCCUGAGCUCUUUCAAACAGACUCGACCCGCUCCUGUCGUCACACACAGCUCAUCAGAUACCAGCUUUUCUGAAACACAGACUUUGACACUUGUAGCCAAAGCUCUGCCUGAUGCGGACAAGAGUUCCCAACCAGCACCUCCUCUUUCCCUGGGAGAAGAUGAGGAUCAGACUGUACCAUGUAAUGACCUGUCUAAAACCCAGUUCAGUCUGCACGAGGAUGCAGAGCAGGAGUGGGACAAAAUGUCAUCAGAGGUUAAAACCAGUACAGCUGACAGGGAUGGGACCAGCCAGCCUUCUCAGCCCCCUAUUUAUGUGAACCAAGCCCAAAGUACAGCUGCACAUAAACACUCGCAUGAGUGUCCCAGUGUCCACACACUCAUCCGAGACCUAAAUGGACACAAGUACCACAAAGGUGCAAGACACCAGAGUGUGCAUGAAGAGAGCCCAGGACUUCAGUGCCUGAGCCAAGCUUCUCACAUGGUAGUGAAUCUGAAAUCAACCGUGAGUGUGAGCGUGCGUCAGGACUCAGUGGACUCUGGGAUCUCCACUUCCAGCAGCAUCAAGCUCUGUACUGACCCACCGUGUCCAGAUAUCCCGCAGCCUAAGGGAGUAGUGGGGAGGCUCAUGUCCCUUGAGGUGGGAGGUUUAGACUGCGCUAAAAUAAGAGAGAACAGUGUGACGUCCUCGGGUCCAUAUUUGGACACUGCAGAGCUGGAAACAGAGCCUGUCCACCUCGACCACCAGCAGUUUGAGGAGGAAGAAGAAGAACUGGAGGACAUCUGGAAUCAGACCACUAACUACAGACAGAGCAUCUGUUCAGACAUCAUGUACCAGCCCAACCAGGAAGACCCCGUACCUUCAGACCAAUCCAAAGAGCAUCAUUCUCGGUCACCUUCACCGAAGACCCCGGCUGUGCUCUACAGAAACCUGGUCACAGCCUCUGCACCCAACCUCCUCGUGGCCGAGUUCAAACUGCCGCCCUACAUUCAGAGCUUCCUGGGUUACGACAAGGAGCAGAGUCCCAAAGGUCACCUCCCUCCACUGGCUAUAGGGGACAGGAGGUCCUGGGCAGCAUUUCCUAACAGGGAACCAGUCAGUAAAAACGCUGUGACAGUGAACGAGACAGCAUCUGAUCCAGUGAAGCUGCCGGACAUAGGAGACAAUCAGAGAUACAUUUAUCAGUACAGAGAGGAUGAGGAGGAGGAAGAGGAGGUGGAGGAGGCAAAGGUGGGGGAGGAGGUGGAUGAGCUCACAGGUUGUCCGAAGGACCAGUCCAUGAGUCUACUCUCGGUUCAUAUGGAUUUGGAUGGGACCCGUCAGCAGAGAAAAGCAUUGCAAAGCUUAGAGGACAUGGAGAAGCUGGUGGCCACAGGAGGGCGCUGUUUCACCCUGAGUGGGAAGCCCGAGCUGCAGGCUAUGGAAGGAACUCUUGAGAGGAAGCACAAGCUGCAGCUGGGAGGAAAGAAAGCGGCCUCCAGGGGCUGGAACUCCUACCAUGCUGUCCUAUAUAGACACACCUUGUGCUUCUAUCAGGAUAGAAAGGAUACACUAAGGAGUUCUGCAUGUGGUCUGCCACUGAACCUCACGGGAGCUGAGUGUUCACCUGCACCAGAGUACACCAAAAAACCCAACUGCUUUCGACUCCAGCUCCGUGAUGGGUCUGAAUAUCUGCUCAAUGCCCCCUCACGCUUUAUGAUGAAGAAAUGGAUGAUGAAAAUACAAGCAAACACAGGUCAAAGUGAGUCUGUGUCUUCAAUAUCAAGUGUUCCUGUUGAUCAAGGCCUCCCCUUUUCCUUAAAUCCCUCCCUCUGCUGUCACGGUCUGGCCAAAUGCCACUGUUCCUCCCAACAUGAUGUCACCUCCACGUUCCCCAGGCGCAAACCACCGGGCGCCGCCCAAACCAAAGAGAUUGUUGUCCUCACCAGAGAGUUCAGUCAAAUGCCACAGAGUCACUUAAGGAGUUUGGAUGAGCAGUCGACCAUCUCAUCCUCACAUGGAGGCUGCUGUGAUGAUGAUGAUGAUGAUGAUGAUGAUGAAGGCAGUGUAAAGCAGACAGUGACUCACAGACUGUCUGGAGCAUCCAGUGACAACACGUCUCCCUCCCCUCACUCCCCUGUAUUCAGCAGUCAGGACUGGCUCAGCAACAAGCGUCGCUCCCACUCCUUCACAUCAGCAACUUACCAGAAGAUCAAGCCCGUGUUGCAUAAACCGGGAGGCCUGGAAAGAGGCUCCAACUACUGUGUGACUCUGGUGGUUGGAGACAAGUCAUCAGACAGCGCGUCCACAAGCCGAAGCUCCGAGCCUCCGCUGCUGGCCGGGGCCGGGUGGCAGCAGGGCGCCUAUCAGGACUCUGCUCUGAGGAGCUACGCCAGCCUGCCGCGGCCUCGCAACAAAUCCGUCUUCAAGAAGUUCUUUGGGAAAAGGGACCUCUGAGUAUUUUGAAUGAGUUUACUAAUAAAGGGUUUUACAAAUAGUUUCUAAUGUGCAGUGCACAUAUUAUGCAAAGAAAACGCUACUACUGACUGUAUUUAUAUUUACUUGAUUAGAAGAGCUACCACGGUUUUAUUUUUGAUGUGUUUUAUAUAAAUCACCUAUGGCCUGAAAAGUCCUUUGAGUAGGUCCUUUUUACGAGUAUUUAUAUCGCUCUUCUUUACUUUCCUUGUUCAUUUGAAAGGAACAAUACUGUGUGAGUGUGCACUGCGUAGUUGUAGAUUAGUUAACUGAAAAACACAUUUUCCCACCAGUCUUAUUUUGUGUUUCUUUUGUAUUUUUUUAUUUUUUUUGGGGGGGGGGGGGGGCGGGGUUGUGGUGUUAUUGGGUUAAACCUUCCUGCUCAGCGGGGGAAUCAUUUUUGAAAGCAGAUUUAAGAGAGUAAUCCCAGUGAUAUCACCAUGACGUAAGUAUUAACAAUAUACUGAACAUACAACACUUACAGUACCAGAAAGUGUUGUAUGUUCAGUAUAUUACACUUACUGUACCAGAUCAUGACAGCUCCCCUCCCUCACAUGUAUGUGUGUGGCGCAAAAUGUUUUCUUUCUACUCAUACAAAAAGCAGCAGUUUGAUACUGCUGGAGCUUGUUUGACAUUAACACAAUACUAACUGUAGCAAAGGCUAUUCAUAAUAAAACAUUGA